UAUACCGCUGAAACACUGGUAUAGGAGAAGAAAAGAAUACGGUGGGAGAUACUCAAGAGGUGGAAGGUGACAAAAUGCAUCGAUACAUCUUAGUUUUUCUCCUUUUCGUUCAAAGUGUAUGCGCUGGCUCUUUCCAUUUUUAUCUUGAUCAUGGGUAUAAGAAAUGUUUCCACAAGGAAAUAAGUAGAGGAACUUUGUUGAUUGGAAGGUAUUGGAUGGAAAUAUUGGACCCUGAUACUAAUGCUUAUAUAAUUCCUCGGGAUAAAACCGAUACCGGAGUGCUCAUAGAUGUUGAAGAGGUCUUUGACUCCAAUCAUCGAGUGGUUCACCAGAGAGGUACUGCUUCCGGUCAAUUCACCUUCAGUGCCAUAGAUUCGGGUGAUCAUAGGAUUUGCUUGACUCCCAAGAGUUUUUUCAAAAAAAAAUGGUUGGACGGUGGUGGUUCCAAUCCAAAUAGUCAACUUGAUUCCAAAUUUAAGAAUGCUAGAAUCUCAAUUGAUUUCAUUAUUGGUGAUGGGAGUAUUAUAGACUCGAAACAUACUCAUUCUGUUCAAACUCUAUCGGAGAAAAUCCAUCAGCUAAACGAUAAAUUGAUUGAUAUCCGAAGAGAACAGCAAUUCAUAAGAGAUAAAGAAGAACAAUUCAGAGACUUAAGUGAACGUACUUGUGAACAUGUUGUUCGUUGGCUGGUGGUUCAAGUUGGGGCUAUUUUACUAGCUUGUAUUUACCAAAUGUUUAAAUUGUCAACUUUUUUCUUGAAACAAAAAAUUGCUUAAUCUACUUCUUCUUGCAUUUCCCUUUAUUUUACUUCAUUUAUUCUACUCCCUUUCUGCAUUAAUUUAUUCUUCCC